AGAGCCCAGUGGCCCUUUCUCUCCCUCCCUCCCUCCCCUGGCAGGCUCAGCCCGUCCAGCUGGACUUUCCUCCCGCAGCCAUGAGCUCCGGAGCGGCGGCGGGGCCGAUCUUCGCCGAGGGCGAGGACUGCAGGGCGGCCUGGCGGGAAGCCACGGCAGGCUACGAUGAACCCGAUGCCCACCUGGAGAUCCUGGGCAAGCCGGUGAUGGAGCGCUGGGAGACGCCCUACAUGCACUCGCUGGCCACCGUGGCCGCGUCCAAGGGCGGCCGCGUGCUCGAGGUGGGGUUUGGCAUGGCCAUCGCCGCCUCCAAGGUGCAGGAAUUCAGCAUCGAGGAGCACUGGAUCAUCGAGUGCAACGAGGGCGUUUUCCGGCGCCUGGAGCAGUGGGCCAAGGCACAGCCACACAAGGUGGUGCCCCUGAAGGGGCUAUGGGAGGACGUGGUGCCAACGCUGCCGGACGGGCACUUCAGUGGGAUCCUGUACGACACCUACCCGCUGUCAGAGGACACCUGGCACACGCAUCAAUUCAACUUCAUCAAGGGCCACGCCUUCCGCCUGCUGCGGCCCGGAGGGGUCCUCACCUACUGCAACCUCACCUCCUGGGGGGAGCUGCUCAAGACCAGGUACAGCGACAUCGAGAAGAUGUUUGAGGAGACCCAGGUGGGGCCGCUGCUGCAGGCGGGGUUCAGGAGGGAGAACAUCAGCACGAGGGUGAUGGAGCUGCAGCCGCCCCGCGAGUGCCGCUACUACUCCCACCCCAGGAUGAUCACACCCACCGUCCUCAAACACUGAGGGGCCAGCCCGGGGAGCAGGAGCUGGGCGUGAGCUGAGGAGGAGGAGGAGAAAAGCUCUGAUCUCUUUUAAAGCCCUUGAGAGAUGGGUGGAGGCUUGGGAUGGAUUGCAGGGGACAAAAGGACAGGAAACCCCCUGCCCCAGGAGCCCCCUGCCCUGUGGGGUCUGGGGAAGAUUUCACCCUGCUCUGUCCCCUCAACACUUCAAAUUCUCAAUUAAGCUGGAAUUUCAGAGUGUGGUUCAGAGCCUUGGGCCAAACGGGUUCCAGAACCAGCCAUUUCCUCUAAAACUGCAUCAUUUUGAGAAAUCACAGGGUGGCUCCCCACAAGAGUCAAAUAAUCCAAACCAGGUGGGAGAAAUGGGGCAAUCUGAGGCAUUUUGAGGCAUUUCAGCUUCUCCUGAAGCAACUCCCCAGGGAAGUUUCCCAACAUUUUCGGCCAAAGCCCACAGCAGCAAAUCCUGACCCAAACACCCCCUCACAGCUCAAUAAAUGUUGUUUCCUCUCUUCCCAGAAGGGAUAAAGUCCAUUAAAAGGAAUGAAAUACCCAAA